AUGGGAAAGAGAGCGGAGGAGCUCGAUAUCGAUAAUCUAUUGGAUGAGAUUCCCCAUCUUCGUCAUCGUGGUGUCCUCGAUAGACCCGACGGUGCCGGUUUCUGUAUCGCCGAUGAGUUGCCGACGUCGAUCCUCCAUGGGGAUGGCGCAUCAUUCUAUCAGAAGACUGAUGUAAGGCAAUCUCGCUCUCCUUCUGCCAUUAUCAUUGGUGGUGGAUUUGCAGGGAUUGCAGCUGCUCAUGCACUGAAAAAUGCAGCUUUUCAGGUUGUGCUUUUAGAAUCUCGGGAUAGAAUUGGUGGUCGAGUUCACACUAACUACUCAUUUGGUUUUCCUGUUGACAUGGGAGCAGCCUGGUUGCAUGGUGUCUGCAACGAGAAUCCAUUGGCAUCUUGGAUUGGAAGACUUGGUCUACCAAUUUAUCGAACUUCUGGUGACAAUUCUGUCUUGUAUGAUCAUGACUUGGAGAGCUACGCACUCUUUGAUGGUGAUGGACAUCAAGUGCCUCAAGAUCUAGUGGAAAAAGUUGGUAAGGUGUUUGAAACCAUUCUGGAAGAGGCUAACAAACUCAGGUGGAGUUUGAAGGAUUAGGAGAAUUAAGAAGCAAGGAUGAAGAAG